AUGGGAUUGUGCAGCAGCAAGAAACGAAUGACGACCGAAAUGUCGGAUGAGGAAGUGUCAGCGAUUCGUGAAGUCUGGAUUCGGUAAGACUCGGGGAACAUGUUUGACUGAUUGGGUUCUAUUUACUGUUAAUCCCUGACAGCAUGCAACCAGACAUCAAACGGGAAAAAAGAAAGUCACAAGAAAAUGGAAUUCCAUUAAGCGCCCCCGUCACGCGUCAGGCACAUUGCGCGCUCUGAUCACUGUCCCACGGAUUCUUGCAUAAUUCUUGAAGACCUCUUAUUUUUCUUGCAGAGCUAAAACAGAUAAUGUUGGCAAGAAAAUCUUGCAAACUCUGAUCGAGAAGCGUCCAAAGUUCGCCGAGUAUUUUGGAAUCCAGAGUGAAAGUUUGGAUAUCCGGGCGUUGAACCAAAGCAAAGAAUUUCAUCUUCAGGUAGCAAAACAGAAAUAAUUUUUUUAAAAGUUGGUUUUUUCCAGGCUCACCGAAUCCAGAACUUUCUCGACACUGCAGUCGGAUCUCUCGGAUUCUGUCCGAUUUCUAGUGUCUAUGACAUGGCACAUCGCAUCGGACAAAUUCACUUCUACAGAGGAGUCAAUUUCGGCGCCGACAACUGGCUCGUCUUCAAAAAGGUCACUGUCGACCAGGUGACCACUGGCGCCACCGACAGUUCCAAAGAAAAGGACAAGGAAGAGACGAAUAGCAAUGGGACCGCAAAUGGGAAAGUUGACACCGAAGCAAACUUGAUCCCGGUAUAUAAUGUAACUGUAUCAUUAUUUCAAAGUUACUGAAAGUUUGUUUAGAUCGCCGACAUCAACAAUGUUUACAGUGGAGAGAAUUGCUUGGCUCGUUUGGGAUGGAACAAAUUGAUGACCGUCAUUGUCCGUGAGAUGAAGAGAGGUUAGGUUUCAAGUUUUCUCAAACAACUCUUAAAAUAUUUUAAAGGAUUCCUGGAAGAGGCGAUGCGCAAUUGCAAGGAAGAGGACAACAACGGACUUCUCGGCGCUUGA